CCAAGGCAACUUUCUCUACUAGGUGGUAGUCUUGCAUACACAGGGGAUGACUUCUUCCAUGGCUUCCCAAGGAGUCUCUUCCUCUUCUUCUUCUACUCGUCGAUGGACGUACGAUGUGUUCCUGAGUUUUAGAGGUGAAGAUACUCGCCACAAUUUUACUGCCCAUCUAUACCAUGCUCUGCAUAUGAAGGGAAUCAACACCUUCAUAGAUGAUGAUGAGGUUAAAAGGGGAGAGGAGAUUUCUCCAGCACUUUUCAAAGCCAUUGAGGAGUCAAAAAUUUCAAUCGUUGUAUUCUCUCAAACCUAUGUAUCAUCCACCUGGUGCUUGGACGAGCUAAUGAAGAUCUUUGAGUGUAAAGAAACAAAUGGACAAAUAGUUCUACCAGUAUUUUACAAGGUGGAUCCGUCGGAUGUACGAAAUCAAAAGAAGAGUUUUGAAAAAGCAUUGGUUAAACAUCAAGAGAGGUUCAAGGAUGACAUCAAAGUGCAGAGGUGGAAGGCAACCCUAACACAAGUCGUCAAUUUGUCCGGGUGGCAUUUAGAGAAUUAUGAGAAUGAAGCCAAAUUUAUUGACAACAUCGUUCAGAAUGUCUCAAGAAUUGUAAACCACACAUACUUACAUGUUGCCAAGUAUCCAGUUGGAAUAGAGUCUCGUGUACAACAGAUCAAUUCACUUUUAAGUAUUGAGAUGAAUGAUAGACGCAUAAUAGGGAUCUUAGGAGUCGGUGGAAUUGGUAAGACAACUAUUGCAAAAGCUAUCUACAACUUGAUUGCCUCCCGGUUUGAAGGUAGUUGUUUUCUUGCCAACAUUAGAGAAACUUCUAAGCAAUAUUUGGGUCUGGUCCAACUACAAAAUACUCUUCUUUCGAAAAUCCUAGGACAUACUGUGAAGGUUGACAAUGUUGACGAAGGAAUUAUCAUGAUAAAGAAAAGACUUUAUUCAAAAAGGAUACUCCUUAUUCUUGAUGAUGCGGAUGAUAAAUUGGUCCAAUUAGAUAAAUUGGCUGGAGAAGUUGAUUGGUUUGGUUUAGGAAGUAGGAUUAUCAUAACGACAAGAGACAAUAAAGUAUUGACUAAUCAUGGAGUAGAUCUAAUAUAUAAGGUGAAGGAAUUGGACUCAAACGAAGCUCUUGAGCUCAUUUGCUGGAAUGCUUUCAAAGGAGAAAAACCCACUGAUGAUUUUCUAAAACUAAUGAAACAUGCAAUACGUUAUGCUGGGUGCCUUCCACUAGCUUUAGAAGUGUUAGGUUCAGAUCUCCAUGGUAAAGAUAUACAUCAAUGGAAAAGUGCACUGGAUAAGUACAAAAAAAUUCCUCACACAAAUAUUCAAGAAAGACUUCGAAUAAGUUAUGAUGGAUUGCAUGAAAAUGAGAAGAAUAUUUUUCUUGACAUUGCAUGUUUUUUCAAAGGAUGGCAGGCAAAUCAUGUUAUCAAAAUACUAGAUAGUUGUGAUUUCUUCCCAGUCGAUGGUAUCAAAGUGCUUAUAGAGAAGUCUCUCAUAACCAUUAAUAUGGGCAAAACUUUGGCAAUGCACGACUUAUUGCAAGACAUGGGUAGAGAAAUUGUUAGACAAGAAUCACCUGAAGACCCUAGCAAACGCAGUAGAUUAUGGUUUCAUAAAGACGUUCGUUAUGUCCUUGAGGAAAAUGUGGGAACAAACAAAAUUCAAGGCAUAUUGAUAGAUUUGCCUGAAGGAAACAAGAUGCGCUUGAGUUUCAAGGCCUUCAAGAAGAUGAAAAGGCUUAGGCUGCUUAUGGUUAACCCUAAUGCGCGCUUUUCAGGAAGACUUGAUUUUCUCCCUAAUGAAUUAAGAUUGCUUGAUUGGCAUGAAUGUCCUUUAGAAUCUUUGUCAUCAAUUUUUCAUGUAGAGAACCUUACUGCUUUAAGAAUGCCUCGGAGCCACCUCAAGGGAUUGGAGGGAAUUGAGAAUUUUCAAAGCAUGACAAUUAUGGAUUUCUCUUAUUGUGAAUUCCUAAAAAUAUUCCCGGAUGUUUCAAGGAUUCCAAAUUUAGUGGAUUUGAGGCUUGAUGGUUGUACAAAUUUAGUUGAAAUUCAUCAUUCUGUUGGAUUUCUUGAUAAGCUAGUUUCUUUGAGUCUUGGUGAAUGCUAUAACCUUAGCAAUAUUCCGAGAAGCCUCAAGUUAAAAUCUUUAAAAUAUCUUUUCGUUGAAGGUUGCUCAAGGCUUAACUACUUUCCGGGAAUGCUAUUGUUACCAUCCCUGCAUGCAUCGAAAGAUUUGUUUGCUUGUGGAGACUUAAUGUGGAUAAUUGCAAGCAACUUCGAAAAAUUCUAA